AAAAGUCAAUGUUUACAAUUUUCACCUUCAGACUCGCAGGAGAAGCUAAAAAAUGCUGCCGCGUAGCUUGGUUCGUCUGUCUCUCCGUUGUGAGAUGAGACGACAAUGCAUGAGACGUUACCACGUAGAUGAGGCGGCACCAAUAGGGACAAGGCCCGACACAUCCUCCUCGGAAUAUCAGGAGAAUUAUUCCAGGAUGCAGACUCUAGUCAAAGAUUUACGGGACAAGGUCUCCACUGUAAUGCAAGGAGGAGGACCAAAAGCUGUGGAGAGACAUUUGUCUCGUGACAAACUGCUUCCACGAGACAGAAUUAACACCCUUCUGGAUCCGGAGUCACCUUUUCUGGAGCUUAGUCAGAUGGCUGGGUACAAACUUUAUGGAGAAGAAGAAGUACCAGCUGGAGGUAUCAUUACUGGCAUAGGUCGUGUAUCAGGGGUGGAGUGUCUGAUUGUAGCCAAUGAUCCAACAGUUAAGGGGGGAUCCUACUAUCCUGUUACCGUCACCAAACAUCUACGUGCACAGGAAAUUGCUCAACAGAAUUGUCUCCCCUGUAUAUAUCUAGUGGACUCGGGAGGAGCUAACCUUCCUCGUCAGGCUGAUGUGUUUCCUGAUCGCGAUCAUUUCGGCCGCAUCUUUUUCAACCAAGCCAGAAUGUCUUCUUUGGGAAUUCCACAGGUGGCUGUGGUGUUGGGUAGCUGUACUGCAGGUGGAGCCUAUGUACCAGCCAUGGCAGACGAGAGUGUCAUUGUCCGAAAGAAAGGCACCAUUUUCCUGGGAGGUCCUCCAUUGGUACGGGCUGCCACAGGGGAACAGGUGUCGGCUGAGGAUUUAGGAGGGGCCGACCUUCAUUGUAGUAAGUCUGGUGUGACUGACCACUACGCCCAGAAUGACCAGCAUGCAUUACAUAUAGCAAGGCGUAUCAUCAAAAACAUCAACUACAAGAAGGACCCAGGGGUGACGGUGGAGCGCCCAGAAGACCCAGUCCAUCCUCUAGAUGAGUUGUACGGUAUAGUUGGUGACAACCUCAAGAAAACAUUUGAUAUCAGAGAGGUGAUAGCUCGUGUAGUGGAUGGCAGCAGAUUUGAUGAGUUUAAGGCUAUGUAUGGAGAAACACUUGUCACAGGAUUUGCCCGUCUAUGGGGUUACCCUGUGGGGAUCAUAGGAAACAACGGAGUGCUCUUCUCCGAGUCCGCUCUCAAGGGUACCCACUUCAUUGAACUCUGCUGUCAACGGAACAUACCGCUCAUCUUUCUACAGAACAUUACUGGUUUCAUGGUUGGUCGAGAAGCUGAAGCAGGAGGCAUAGCUAAAAAUGGAGCUAAGAUGGUGACAGCUGUGGCCUGCGCUAAAGUUCCGAAGUUCACCGUUAUAGUUGGUGGAUCGUACGGAGCAGGCAAUUACGGGAUGUGUGGAAGGGCGUACGGGCCCCGGUUUUUAUACAUGUGGCCCAACUCGAGGAUUUCUGUGAUGGGAGGGGAACAAGCAGCCAAUGUACUGGCUCAGAUCACACGGGAACAACGACAACGGGAAGGCAAGCAGUGGACAGAGGAGGAGGAGGAAGCUCUGAAAGCUCCAGUUAUCCGCAAAUAUGAAAAAGAGGGUCACCCGUACUUCUCCAGUGCAAGGCUAUGGGAUGACGGAGUGAUUGACCCUGUCGACACACGUACUGUACUUGGACUCAGUAUAAGUGCCUCCCUAAAUGCUCCCCAGGAAAAGACUCGGUUUGGUGUCUUUAGGAUGUGAUCAAUAUUAACAUGGACUUCCAAGCAAAUACAGGACUUCAUGGAAGAAAAUUGUUCUUGUGAUCUUGUAAUGCUGGACUUUUUAGGUCAUCAGAACUGAAGGGUCAUGAGGAUGAGCUAUAGCCAUCGUGCUUGGUCCAUCGUUGUCUGCUGUCUUCCAUGCUUAAACUUAUACUUUCAAAACACUACUUCUCCUAACGCCAAAGGGAAUUUCAACCAAAUUUGGGCUGAAACAUCAUUGGGGUGGACAAUAAUAAUCUAUAUAAGGGCUGGUUUAACACCUUGGGACAAAGGGGCUGGCCCCAAAAGGGGAACUUAGCUAAAAUUAAGCUUUAAAAUGUUAUUUUUCCUGAAAGCAUGAGUGGAUUACACCCAAAUUAUCACUUAAACAUCAUUGGGGGAGGAAUUAAGCUGAUUCAAACCCUGGGGACAGAGGAGUAAGGCCUCAAAAGUGCUAAACAAAUUCCUUUAUAUUGCUUAAUCUCCUUGGUACGAGUGGGGAACAACUUCAUUCCGUGUAAUUCUAGGAUGUGGUUUAUUGCUGUUUCAAAUACAAAUCUCAAUGUGGAGUUUAUUCUACAGGUUCAUGACAGAUGCCCGGUUGAUUUGACCUCUUAUAAAACAUAAUUAUGGUGGCCAUAUUGUGAAGGAUGCCAAUGCAUGUUUGAGAGAAACAAGCUGGUUGGUCAGAUGACUUCAGUGUUCAUUCAGAUUCAGCCAAUCAGGUACAAGCUUAUGAAACCAAACAGAGUCAAACUUAAGUCAUCUUUUAGUUCUAACUUAACUUCUAAACAUUCUCACACAGAAUAGCGAGUUGUCUUUUUGUCUAAAAUCACAUCUGGACAAUACAGUUGAUAGGAUUAUUUGCGUUUUAUACACUCAUUUGUCUGUGGUGUCUGGUGAUAUGUAAUACAUGUAGCUUUGAGAAAUGUUUUUGGUACAAAAUAUUCAGGUUCAAUUAUUUUUUCUCCUUUCUAUAUUGAAACUAUUUCAGUCUGUUAAUCAGUAUUUAUGGAUUAAUUGUGAAACAGAAUAUAUUUUAUUGGUUAUGUUAGAAUAACCUUGUAUAUGUUUAUGGAUUAAUUGUGAAACAGAAUAUAUUUUAUUGGUUAUGUUAGAAUAACCUUGUAUAUGUUUAUGGAUUAAAGUUCAUCGGGAUACAAACUAAGGCAAACAAAGGUCAAUUGGACCUGUAUGUGCUAACCACCAGUGACCAUUUUGAAUUUUUGACAUAUAUGCCUCUACUACAGAUAGUAAUGAGGACAAAUGGAUUCAAUGACGUUCUCAUUUUGAAAGGACAAUUUCGAAUCAGAAUAGCUAAACUUGUUUCCACAUGAUUAAGUUACGAUUGGCAUGACUCUCAACCAAGGACAUUUCUGUCAAAGUGAUCACAGUUUAUUUGGGAAAUUAAGAGCAGUGACUGGUUUUAUCAAUGCAAAAUUCUAAGUCUUAAACAUAUCAUAUCUACUGCCCUGUGCAUCACUGCGAAAAUAAUUAUUUAUCUCUUUGUCUGUGGUCUGUCCAUCCAUACAUCCAUUCAUUCAUAAACAAUCCUUGUUAUAUCGCUAAUUCAAGUACUGGGGAACGGUCUUCCUUGUACUUUAUACUAGGUUUUCCCUGGUACCUAGCUCUGUCCGUUUAAUUUUGCGUCUGAUAAAGAAAGGAAAAUCGCAAACAAACAGCCAACUGGGAUUUUGACAUUCGAAGAUUUGUUAUCACUUUUUAGGCCAAGUUUAGGUCCAUCACCAUGCAUCAAGUGGCAUCUUUCAUGCGUCCAUAAGCAAUUUACAUUGUUUUACUUCUUCUUGAAAACCAAGAGGACCGGGGUUAUGAUAUUGAGCCAGUAGCAUAAUAGGGUUGAAGGACUACCAACUUUGUUUAAUUGAAUGACCUUGAACUAUUUUCCAUGUCUAGGGUGUCACAUGUGUUAAACAACUUCUCUAUAUACCAAGAAGCCCAGGGUCAUGGUAUUGGGCCCGAAAUAUGCUGGGAUUAAGGGAAACCAAUUAAUUAAGUGAAUGAACCUCUCCUACUGUUAUAUUUGAAUAAAUUUGAAUAGACUGUAAUCAUCUUAGUUUCUAAAAGACAGACCAAGUUAAAUUAGUAGCAGGUGGAUUAUACAGGCCCAUUGGGCCUCUUUUACUUGUGCAAUUUUUAAUGUGAUUUUAAAAAUACCAAGCAGACAUCUUGGAUUUUAACAUUUGAAAGUUGUUAAUGCUAUUUCUUGAAAAAUACUGGAAUCAUGGUAUAUCAGUUCCCCCAGGUUACAACUGAAGUUUGUUAUCACUAAAUCUCAAUUCCUUUAUUGGUCUUUCUCAAUUCCAGAUGUAGGUUUCGUUUGGUCCCUAAUUAGAUUCUGAGACUGAUCAUGAAAAACAAAAAUGAAAAACAUAAAAACCUGUAUAACAAGCAGCCAUCUUGAACUUUGACAGGUGAAAUUUGUUAUUGAUAUAUAUGUCAGAAAGUUCUUCCUAGGUCUUUUUUAGACUUCAUAAUUAUGUAGGUUCCCAAUUUUUGUUAUCAAAGGAUUAAGAGGAAUUUAUAAUUCAGUCUUCCAUAGGGCUGAUAAAGAUCAUUCACUGGCACCAAGAUCCCUCUGGGAUCUCUUGUUAAAAAAAAACAAACAAACAAACAACACAGAAUCAAUUAUCCAUGGCAGGUCUUGGAAAAAAUAUCAAUUUGGCUCUGUACUUUGAUGUGGGGACAUCAAUGUAUCGGAAGGCUAAGAGGUUAUACUGCUGAUAAUUACAAUAAUUGUGUACAUGCUAGAAAACCCAAAAUGGCAGGAGUUAGUGUAUUGGUGUGGAGAAAGACAGACCUAAGGGUCAUAAUUAAUUAUACAGCUAUGUUUCUGGUGGACAGCUUAAAGAUACUCAGACCUAGAAUGGAUGUUUUAAGGAAAAUUUGACAUCAAAAUAAAAUUCCAAGAAUCAUGUGUGAUACGAUUGUGAUAUAUGGAUGUUUGGACUGUGUGCUAGGUUUUAUGUGUUCCACAUGUGUGUAUGUGUGUGGAGGGUUUGGUGUGUGUUUAUUGUGUGUUAGCCUCUAGUUACACACAUACUGUUUACUGUAUUAGUGACGUCACAUAUCUAUCGAUACAAUGUACAGUGUAAAUUUGUGAUGAUGAAUAAAAUAUAAAUAGAUCAAAUUGUC